AUGCAGCUAGGCUCCCCACAGCGCAGCAACGCCAGCAGGGCAGACAAUCUGCCCUGCACAGCCACUGGUGGCGGUGGGGGUGCGGGGGACAAGGGACCCCCCGGUGGCAGCGGCGGCGGAGGUGAGGGCAAUGGAGAGGGUGACGAUGGGGAUGAGCUGCUCUCCAAGAAACAGGCAGAAGAGUUGGCGGCUGCAAGGGGGGUGGAGCUGCCGGCCGACUUCCUGGAGGCGGCGGCUGGGGAGGGGCUGCGCAGGAGUGCCCUUGUGGCCUACCUGGCGCUGCAAGGAGCCCUGUUCAACGGCUGGCUCUCUCGUCUGCUUCCAGCUUUCCGCAACCGCCUCAUCGCAGAUCCCCGAUUCUUCUUCAAGAUUUUUUCGGAGGUGGCGAUAGAUACUGGCUGCGCGACGGUGGCGGAGGUGCGCAAGCGAGGGGACGACUUCUGGAACGAGUUUGACUUCUACCUGUCCGACCUGAUCGUGGGCUGCGUGCUCGACGUUGUCCUGGUCACCCUUCUUGCCCCUGUGGCCGUCAUCGGCAAGCACUCCCGCGCUGCCAAAGCAACAGGCAUGCAGAAGGUAUUGGCGCGCAUUCCAAGCGCGGUAUUCGCACCGAGCCCGGCUGGCGCGCCGCGGUAUACUGUGCUGGACCGCUCUGCCUGCCUGGGCAUCAAGUUCCUGGAGUACAGCCUGGCAGGACUUUUGUGCGGCUUCGCCGGCCAGGGCAUUGCCAAUGGCCUCAUGCAGCUGAAGCGAAACGUGUCUGGUGUGGUUGAGGGCUGCGUGGACAUCCCUCCUGUGGGCAAGACUGCCCUCACCUGGGCCUUCUUUAUGGGCACAUCCUCCAACGUCCGAUACCAGAUUGUGUACGGCAUCGAGCACUUGGUGGACGUGACAGUUGCAAAGAAAGUCCCGGCGAUGGCCUAUGCAACAACGCUCAUUGUGCGCUUCAUCAAUAACAUCAUUGGCGGGGAGAAUUUCAUCGAUAUGGCGCGAUGGACUGGCAUUCAGUAG